AGUUGUCAUAUUGACAAAAGGUAGAUAGCAAAGUUCGAGAUUUAUACAUUUUUCAGUAUAAAUAUGUACUUAAGUUGUUAACGAAUUUGGAUAAACGAUUAUAUUGAUAAAAGACAAGAUACAGAGGUGAAAGGCUACAAAAGUAAAGACACUUUUUAAAGAAUAAUCAGCUUUUCAAGAUGACGUCUUCAAGGAAAAUGAGUAUGGCAUCUAACUGCAUUUCCGAGAAACGGAUAUCGCAAUGGGAAGACCUCAUGCGGAAAUUUUCUGAUUCACACAAGACGGAAUGCAGAACAGCUCCUUUGGACAUACCUCGAGCGCCACGUUCAACAAAAUUCUUCCCAACGGGCUCCCAAUACGAAGGAACCUGGGACAUUUUGGGAAUGAGCGGUUAUGGUGACUACGUAUUUCCUAAUGGAGUUGAAUACGGAGGAGACUUUGAAGACGGCAUGUUCCAUGGCAAAGGCGAGCUACGUUACCAGGACGGUGCAGUCAUACGUGGCAAGUUUGAUAAAGGGGUCAUGACCGAAAGGUUGCUCUCGUUUACUGAUACCCUCGAAUACAAUGAAUCGGACUGGAAGUACUGCGUCAUGCCCGAUAGAAGAUUCGCAAUAGAAUAUGACUUAGACGUCGCGGCGGCUGGCAUUUCAUACUUAACAGCUGAUCAGCCCACGAAGGAGAUCCCUCCCGGACAUUACGAUUCAGGAGACGGGUUUUACAAUGCUAAGACUAGAAGUGUUUUUAAGUACGAAGAUCCAACAAGGAUUGUUCGGUCUGCAUCGGAACGCGAACACAAGUGGAUAUUGGAGAACUGCCGCAGAAACCCUGACGAUCCAUUAGGGCCGCGUCCUGACCUGUACGAGAAGUGGUCGGAGCCGAUAGACCGGCUGCAGCCGCCUCCACCACCGGCCGCUGGACCGAAGACUAAUAUCUCCGGGUUCAGAGCUCAAUCGAUCUUCGAACAGGACUUUGAUUUUUUCAAAGGAUUCAAAUUCUUCCGUACUGGAUCAUCAUCGGAGUCUUCAACAAAUACUAGUGACUAAAAACUUCUUAUCAAGUUAUGUGAUAACAGCAUUUAUUUUUGUCCUAAGAACAAUUAUUUUAAUUAUUUUAGCUAUAAUUUGUAUUACACUUAGAUUUAUACUUAACGAAUAAAUGUUAUUACAAGAUUUAAAUAUAA